AUGUUGGAAUUAAGAUAUGUUUUGGGGAGACCCCAACUUGGGAUACAGCCAAUUUUAUUAUCAUCAAAAAUUGUUAGACCUCUUUCAUAUACUAAAGGUAUUGGUCUGAAGCAAAUAUCACCCAUAUUAUCAAGACUAUCUUCGAGAAGAUACGUUACCAGAACUAAUAGUAAUUGCAACAGUGGUGUUAAAAGUAAGGAAUCCACUAUUGAUCCGAAACUAAAUAAAGAAUAUCCAGGUUUCAAGAAAAUAUUCUUAUUGGGGAUCAUAGGUACAGUAAUUUUCGUAGAAGCUGUUCGAUCAUUAGAUAGGAAUAAACCGAAGACAUAUUCUAAUGAGGAAUUUGAUAAUGUGAUGAGUGGGUUGAGAAGGAAAACUACAAUGUUCAAUGAAGGUGAUUUAGAUAUUCAAUUUUUCCUCUCUAACGAUACAAAAGAAGUAGAAAAAUUGAAAAACCAAUAUGGGGGAUCAGUUAUAAUCUUGAACCCCCUUGAUGUUGCGGAAUAUUAUAGGAUGAAUCCAAAUGAUCAAUAUGAGCCCCUGUUGAACGAGAUUUAUGAUCAAUUCAAAGAUGAGUCCUACAUUGAACAUCUACCAUUGGGAAUGCUUGUGAUGUUGAUUGGGAGGUAUAUGAAUGAUGGGUUUAAAUUGGGGAAUAAUCAUAGUAAGAUUAUUAUUGUAAACUUCCCUAAAGAUAUUAAAGAUGCUAUCAAAUUUGAAAAUGAGAUAGCUGUUGUUUCAAAGAUAUUGAUUCCAAAAGAUUCAGAACUGAUAAAUACAGAUAUUUGUAAAUAUUACGAAGGUGUAGAUAAAGUUGAAAAAAUCUGA